AUGUCCCUCCGUUCGCUGAGGGACACCCUCUACUCCCUCACCGGUUCCGUCCCUCAAGACUCUCAAGUCACGAUGGACACUGAGCCAGUGUGGGUGGCAGCUGGGGACGGAGUCUGGUCAGACGGUAAUGGUCAUGGUAAUGGUUUAUUCGGUUGGCGUAGCUUGGCUUCAGGUCUAGGUUUUGGUCAUCACUCUCAUCAAUAUCAUCAUCAUGGUGUAACGGAUUGGAGAAACUUGUUCUUCUGGUUGGCAGUUUUUGCUAUAUUGAUACUUUUCGCUGUCAUUACGAACCCGACUGAAUCGUCUUUCCGAGCUCACUUGACUGAACUUUCCUUCAGAAGGCAUUUGGCGGAUAUCAGACGAUCUGAGACAGAUGAAGUAACUCCGUUGACAGAUGAACAAGCUCAGUUACCUUCGACAUCUCCUUCUGCACACACUGCUACACCUGACAGAAGAGGGUUUACACCUGGAACUGGAACCGAGACGCCUACGCACACAAUCGCGCCAUUCCGCUUUGCCAAUCACGUCGCCAUAUCGCUUCGUACCCCGACACUAUUAUAUCGGUCAUUCUUGAUAUGUUCAAUCACUAUAACAUCACCUCUUGCACCUCCUGCUUUUCUAUUGGAUCAAGCACCUCAUCUCCUCAAGGGGAAACAUGCUUCACCCACAGUGAAGGAAAGACAUGUGCUCUGGUUUGGUUGUAUGGGUCACUGGUCAUUGGUCGGUCUCGUACCGACUAGUGUAGAAUGGGCAUGGAAGUUUUUGAAAAGGAGCGAAAGGGAAAAAGGAAGAAAGAAAAACUUGGAUAAGGCUGGUGUACUUGACAUGAGGGCUAUUCAGAAUAAGGAAGAUACUGCUCCAAGUGUCAAAGCUGCUAUCGGUCAUGCCAUGUCGGCCUCGAAAGGCAUGCGACGAACCGAUUCCAGUACGAACCUCACCGAAUCUCUACCUUUACAUUCUCAUCCUGCACAGCUAUCUGCCAGCCCUCUAGCGCCCGAAUCUCGUCGACCGUCUCUUGUCAACCUAAUCGCUUCACCGCCUGCAACUGCCACCCUUGAUUCACCUGAGAUCGCCAAUUCACCUGUGAUAAUAGCUCUCAAAGCCGAAUUGACUGCCGCUCAGACUGUUCUGACGGAUCUUCAAGCUCAGCUCACAUCGCACGAACAAUCGGUUUCAGACGCUCACGCUCAUCUGCAGAAGAAUCUUGACGAAGUGCGAAAUCGCCGCAAGGAGGAUGAUGCAGAGCGUCAGGAAUUGAAAUCUCGGACGAAGAGCUUAGAGGAGCAGAAACGACAGGCUGAAGCUGCUCGUCGUGAAGCUGAGAAGAAGUUGAAAUCAGUGGAAGGUAUAAGGGAUGGAUUGUUAUCUAAGAUAUCUGCUGCCGAAAGUGAAAUAAAGGAAUUGAAAGGGAAUAUGGAAAAUAGUGAAAAGAAUGUAAGAGUAAUACAGGAAGAAGGAGGUAAACAUGUUGUCUUGACUCAAUUAAAUGUUGAAGAACGUAAGAAAGAAAUGGAUCUAGUUGAGAACGAAAUUUUGGAAAUUGAAAAUCGAAAUGAAGAUUUAAUCCAACUGAUCAAAGAUGCUGAAGAAAGGUUGAAAAAGAUAAUUGAAGAUGGAGAAAAUGCUAGAAAGAUCAAACCGGAAGAGGAAAUGAUGAUGAUGGCUGCAGCUUAUGAAGCUGCCGCUCAAGAAGGUUACUUACAUAGUGGCUAUCAACCCUCUCAUCAUGGUCCGUCACCUGUUCCACCUCCGCCUGGUCCACCGACAGGGGGAAGGGGUGCUCAGCAAGAUCAAUGGCAAAGUCAAGCUGCAGCAUAUAUGGCUGAAGCAGGUAUGCCUCAUCUGGGAUACGACUAUACCGCUCGACCUGCCCAUUCCGGUUCGACAGGAUUCGGUCAUCUGUCUAAACAUCCUAAUCCCAAUUCAGCUUCUUCAAGAGAUUUGGAAAGUAUGCGUAGACCUGAUAUCUCAGGAUUUGAAGAUUUCGGUCCUGGUACGGCCUUUGGGUCUCUGGCUUCACAUGCUCAUUCGCAAGGAAAUCAAAUCAACCGAUCGACUACACCUCAACCGCCAAGCGAUUCCGAAUCGGAUAUAUACGGUCAAGAUCCAGGUUCACCCUACGGUGGAUUCUCCUCUUCCAACCUUUUACCUCAAGGCUUGUUCAGAUCGUUGGAAGGUGAUCAGACGCCUUUUGUCAGUGGGGACGAAGAACUACCUGAAACUUUUGAAGAACCUUUAUCAUUUGAUUUAGACCAACAUCAUCAUCAUCAACAACAUCGAGAUCCAACCGAGUCUACUUCUACUGAUACUACCACGUCGACUAGUACGACCGUUUCGAAAUUGGAGAGACAAGCAGAAGAUCUCCAAGUCGAUUCGGGUAGUAGUGAUUCUGAUGAAGGUGAUAAUGAGGAUGAGGAUGAUUGGAAAUCACCUUUACCUGAACCUAAAUCGUUGAAAGAAACUAAAGAAUCGGGAUAUAAGAGAUUAAGUUCCAGUUCUGCAUCGAGAUUAGUACCACCAGCUCCUACUGGGUCGGCAUCACCCAAUACCCUGUCGGCUUUACCUUCGUUAUUACCUGGAAGUAGAAGAUGGUUCUCUGGUACGGGAGUAGGAACAUUAUCGAAUGAUAAUAUACCUUCGACCGCAUCUGCCUUUGGAGGAUUCAUGCAUUCGACCACAUCGAAUGAUUCCUUGAACUUACCAGGUUAUGAGAAUAACCCUUUUGCUCCUACCUCCAGCGAGAAGAAGGCCCUCGCGAACAAAUGGGGACCUUUCGGUACUUCUGGAUCGGAUAACAAAUGGGCUUCAGCUUUUGGACGUGGUAAUACCAACGCGAAAGAUAAUGAAGAUGAUCCGAUAUCCAAUGGAUGGCCCAGUACCUCGCCCGCCAAUGGUAAUGGGAAUGAGAAUGAGGGAAAGAAGCCAUUUAGGUUUUUCUCGUUGAGAGGGAAACCCACCACUGGAAGUACCCCGCCUUAG